UUAUAGACACUUACAUCUAGUGACAGCUGACCUGAAAACCAUCGCCAACAUCGCCUUUUGAACCCUGCAGAGUCCAGACUGUUUAGUGAACACGGUCAAGUGAACCGUCAUUUGUGAUCUGCAGUGAAGCCAGCCGCUUCUUAUCUGACGCAUAAGUUUUCUUUCGCUUCUACACUAGGCUUUACGGCAGCGCCAGUGCUAACUUAGCUAGGGAAUGUUCGAAUUGUUUAUAGUUCACAUAGUGACGUCACGGGUUCAUUUAAUGAGCUGUGCGUUAACAUUUGUUAAGUAAAGCCACGCUGUAUGUCUGCUGUUUGUGCCGAAGGAUAACCGGUGAACUACCGAUUAACUCACGUAAGAUCCCUGCUGAUAACUACUUAGCUUUAGCAAAGCUAACUGGCUAAUGUCCAGAGGGCCAGGUGAAGUGAAUGAUUGUUUCUGUAUGCAGCCUCGCUAAACGGUCUGGACUCUGCACCAUUCAAAGGGCGAUGUUGGCAGUGGUUUUCAGGUCAGCUGUCACCAAAUAUAAGGGGUUGCGGUUGCCUAGUCAAACUGUGGCCAGAGCCAUGUCAUCUUCAGGUGGUGCCACCCCUCCGUACACAACCCUGGCCAUCAGUCGUCCUACAGAGUCCAUCACGCAUGUUGAACUUCACCGGCCUGAGAAACGCAAUGCCAUGAACAGUGCUUUCUGGAGUGAGAUGGUGACCUGCUUUAAUGAGCUCUCUGAGGACCCUGAGUGCAGAGCAGUGGUAGUUUCUGGAGCAGGGAAGCUCUUCACAGCUGGUAUCGAUCUCAUGGACAUGAUGAACAAUGUACUUCAACCAGAAGGAGACGACACAGCCAGAAUCUCCUGGGCGUUAAAAAAAAAGAUUAGGAAAUUCCAAGAGACCUUCUCCGUCAUAGAGAAGUGCCCGAAGCCUGUUGUGGUGGCCAUCCAUGGAGCCUGUGUAGGAGCAGGUGUUGACAUGAUUACAGCCUGCGACAUUCGCCUGUGCACCCAGGACGCCUGGUUCCAAGUUAAGGUAUAAUCAUCUGAUUUUAUCACUGUGGUGAGGACAAUUAGGAAACCAUGGAAUAGAUAUCUUGUUAAUGAACUGGCUCUGACAGCGAGAAAGAUGUAUGCUGAUGAAGCUAAGAGCAGCGGACUGGUCAGCCGAGUGUUUGCAGAUAAGGAGGCGAUGAUGGCUGGAGCUCUGGAGAUUGCUGGAGAGAUUGCUGGUCGCAGCCCAGUUGCUGUGCAGGGAACCAAAAUAAACCUCAUCUAUGCCAGAAACCACAGCGUAGCAGAUGGAUUGGAUUACAUUGCCACGUGGAACAUGAGCAUGCUUCAGACUGAAGAUCUGAUGAAAUCAGCUCAGGCAGCCCUCGAGAAGAAGAGUCCCAAAACUAAGACAUACUCUAAACUCUGAACACCAGUGAGGCAAAGCUCAGAUACAGAAAGUGCCUCUUUCCUCCUCCACUCCGGCCUUUCUUACAGCAAUUUUAUAAAUCAAAAUUACAUUUACUAGCUGGAGAUCUGUAUCCACACUAGACAGUAUUUUAAUGUCAUUAUGUGUUUAAUAAUUCAUUCAGGUUCAUAUUUCUCCUGCUCUAAUAUCAGAUAUGGAUAAUAUUUAACUAAGGCAAAUCUUAACUGACUGAGCUGAGAAACAUUUUGUUCAUCUGUAAACGACCUUCUGAAUGUUUCCUCAUUAAAGAGACUCGUGUGAAAGUGA